AUGACGGAGAAAAGCCUUGCAGAUAGCUCUCUGCGGAAAUCGGAAAGCAAUACUGAUGGAAAGGAACUGGAAUAUAACCGACCUAAAUUUACAAUUGCUUCGCUGCCUGAUCAUCCCAAAAAGGCACUUCGACAUGUCGGAGCCGCAGGACUCCGAUGCGAGGCAGCUCCGUUUCAUAUUCCGCAUAAAAAAUGCCUCACGAAGUAUGAAUCGAGCAGCUUCGAAAAUAAAGAUAUUAUUGUUGGUCUUCGGGAAUUUCCACCCACUAGUGGUGAAUUGAAGGUUCGGAAGCUUCAAGCAAAGCCUAAGUUAAUACCAAAGAAGCAAAUCAAAUUGCACCUGGAUGAAACCAAACUUCAGGAGAGCAUAGACGCAAAAAAGAUGGAGCAAGUAAAAACUACCAAAAAGUUACCGCCGCCAACAACGGAUUUGAAUAAGCUUAUAGAGGAAAAGGUUUCGAAAUUCACAGAUGACAGUUUUGUCUACUUGACCUACACCGUACCAAAGAGCAGCGAAUAUUUCACACCGUAUUCCUUAAUCGAAGUUCCUUACGAAAAAGUCGACAAAACACAGUUUUUCACAGCCAGUCGAUAUGGGGUUACAUUUUGGAGCCGAAAUGAAAACCACUUUACCAACCUACGUGAAUGGCAAAAAGAAUUUGCAAUGUAUUGCAAAAUCACAAAAAUUCCUUCAUUCUAUAACUUUCGAAUUUGGAAAGGAUUUAAAGUUUGGCAGAAGACUAUCAAGUGGAAGAAAUACAAUGACGCCAAGAGAUUCCUCGAGGAUAAUCUUUUCUACGCUAUUCCACCCCUGGCCAAAUGUUUGCUGACCUUACGACGGGAAUUUUGCCGUUUACGUGAAAUAAAGUUUGUUGAAAUCACAAAUAUCGAGGAAUGGCAUCUUUUCUAUUUCAAUGAGUCCCAAAUGCAAUUCUUCGAAGCUACCCGAGCGGAAUUGCGAAAGUUCCGAACACAUAUGAGGGAUCAUCUAUUUGAUGGUUGCAUGAAGGCUCUGAUCGCGAAAGGAUUCAGCCCCGAUGAUGAAGCCCUGCUCUUCACGUCGUCGAAGAAACUGAGGGAAGCUAUGAGUUUCACUGAGCGUGCUAAGAAAAGACGCUAUUGCAAAUUGCUUUGCAAUUUUCUUACGUAUUGCGACCACAUGGUGUUGACGCUUUGCCACAGAAUAUUAAGGAAGAGCUUCAAUGAUUACAGCAUGGCUUUCGACGUACACGACAAACUUGGACCACCUUUGGAAAACCUGGACAAUUUGGCAUUGGACGUUCAAAUUGAAGAGCCUAGACCGGAAAAGAUGCCAAAGAAUCCAUUCUUCCUAGCAGAACUUGUUCUGAAGCCUGAUAAAGUAGAAGUAGAUCCUUCAGAGAAUGUUAUGUUGCACAUUGUUCAACAAUUUGAAAAUUUAAUGUUGGAAGCAAUGGAUGAACUACGACCAUAUACGAAUGAUGCAUUUUUUAACCAAUUCACUGAACCAAAAAUAAUGGGAAGACAGGAGGAUCGAUUGUCUGGAAAUCCCCCAGGUUUAGGUCAUAUUUUAGAAACAGAUAUUGAAUUUCAAGAUUAUAGGGUUCGGUUAGAUGAUGUUAUCCACAAUGCAUAUUGGAAAGCUGAAAAAUACAUUAAACGGUUCGAACCGAUUCGGAUCAACUUUGAAAUAGACGUAAACAUGGACGCAAGGACACUCAAAGCUGAACGAGAUAUCGCAGCGUUGCGUAGCUAUUGUGAGCGAUACCACAAAAACAUGGGAGCUCUUGAAGGCAUCUUAUCCACAGUCAAUUUAGGCUUACUCAAACUGAAACAAGGAACAUUCAAAGAAGCUGUGACCCCUGUUUGUAGAGAUUUGCUAAGUGUCCUCGAAAGUCAUCUACCUAAACUGGCCACGGAGAAAGUCGCGGAGAUUAUGGAGAAAGCAAAUGAUCUUAUGACUCGUCUUACAUUUGAACCUCAAUCUACGCACGAAACAGUCACUUAUUUGCAUUUCUUGGAAGAAACAGGAAAAGAAAUCGAUGAAUUCUACCAAGGGGUAGAUUACGCGCAUGAUUUAUAUAUAAUUAUGAAGGAUUUCAGUAUAUUUGCCGAAGAGGAAGAAAAGGAGAAGUAUAUGGAUUGCGAAGACUUGGUGAUCGAAUGCAAGGAAGUGCUGGCAGAACGACAAUCACAGCGUCAAGUAUUCAUCAAUCGUUUGGCCGAAUUCCUGCAAACAGACAUACAAUACAUUUUCGAUGAGAUUCGGGAAGUUCUAGUCGAAAUCCAAAACUUCAAAUAUAUUGAUAAAAACUCCAAUCGCGAGGACAUCAAAGCUGAACUUGAAAGUCUCAUGAGCAGACUAAAAAAUUGCCAAAUGCUAUCCCAAGAGUACAGAGGGUAUCAGAAGAAAUUCAGGAUCGAUGUCACUCGAUACGAUGAACUAGAGCAAGCCCUUCAAGAGGUCCGAACAAGACAAGCGCUUUGGGACAGUAUUGAGGAAUGGGAAGCAUCGUUAAAGAAGUGGACAACAGCUAAUUUCCAUACAUUAGAUGUGGAAGAAUUAAUCGACGUAAACAGUCGGACCUUGAAAAAUUGCACUCAAUUCGAGAAAUAUCUACCUCCUAACGAGCUGGUACCAGUUCUGAAAGAAAGUGCCGAACUUUUCCGUGAAAAGUUGCCUAUUAUAACAUGCCUGCGAAAUCCAACUUUGAAGUCGCGUCACUGGAUUCGAAUCGAGCAAAUUCUGCAACGCAAGGUCUUCCAAGAACCAUCUGUAACUCUUGCUACUUUCGAGGAAGCAGGUGCCUUCUCUGAAGAACUAGAGCUGGAACUUACCGAGAUAUCAGGACAAGCUAGUGGAGAAUCUGGAUUAGAGCUGCAACUCAAAAAGAUCGAGAAUAUUUGGAAAGAAACUGAACUUUCGGUUGUGCCACAUCGUGACGCUAAAGACGUUUUCAUAUUGGCUGGGAUCGAUGAACUCCAGGCUGUCCUUGAUGAAACCAACAUAUACGUUAAUACCAUUGCUGCUUCCAGGCAUGUUGGUCCUAUCAAGCAUAAAGUUGAGGAGUGGGUACAGCUUCUGGAUUUGUUUGCUAAAACUUUUGAGGAAUGGGUGGCGUGUCAGCAAUCCUGGAUGUAUUUGGAAGCCAUUUUCUCGGCAGCUGACAUUCAAAGACAGUUGCCGAAGGAAUCAAGGAUGUUUUUGAUUGUAGAUAAAAAUUGGAAGGAAAUAAUGCGUAAUGCAUAUAAGAUGCCAUUAGCCCUUCCAGUAAUGACGGAUCUAAAGAAUUAUAACACAAUGAAAGAAAACAAUAACUAUCUGGACAGCAUAACGCGAUGCUUGGAAGCGUAUUUGGAGGUGAAACGCAUGGCCUUUCCAAGGUUCUAUUUUUUGUCAAAUGAUGAGUUACUGGAAAUACUGGCCCAAACUAGGAAUCCCCAUGCUGUCCAACCCCAUUUGCGUAAAUGCUUCGAUGCUAUAGCAAGGUUGGAGUUUGGAUCUAAGGAAGCAGGAGAAGGAGGGAAGGUUACACUCACAAAUGAUAUUGUUUCCAUGAUCUCACCAGAGGGAGAGAAAAUACAAUUUGGGAAGGGUUUGAAAGCAAGAGGUCCAGUUGAGGAUUGGUUAAGCAAAGUCGAAGAUGCCAUGUUUAUAGCUGUUAAAAGAUGCAUGAAAUUCGCGUUCCUAUGUUAUCCAGCAAAGGACCGUGCAGAUUGGUUUCAAGAGCACCCUAAUCAAGUCGUUCUCACCGUAUCCCAACAGCAAUGGGCUGCUGAGGUUCAUACCAUUUUUGCUAAGGCCAACGUCCUGGAAGAAAUGAAGUCCUUUGAACGCAAACUUCUACACAAUUUAGCUGUUCUAGCCGCAAUAACCCGACGUGACAUAAGCCCGCUAUUGCGAAAAGUCCUUUGUGCUUUAAUUACGAUCGAUGUCCAUGCUAAGGACACUAUUACGAACCUUGUUGCAAAGCAGGUAUCAAAUGAGAAUGAUUUCGAUUGGCUCAAAAUGAUUCGGUUUUAUUGGUCAAAAGAGACUGAGACAAUGUACUCUCGCAUGGCUUCUGCGUGUUUGCCAUAUUUUUAUGAAUAUCUAGGAGCUGGAGGAGUAUUGGUUAUCACACCGCUGACCGAUCGUUGUUACUUAUGUUUGAUGGGAGCCUUACAAAUGGAUCUUGGAGGAGCUCCUGCUGGACCAGCUGGAACUGGAAAGACUGAAACCACGAAAGAUUUAGCCAAAACUCUAGCGAAACAAUGUGUGGUUUUUAAUUGCUCUGAAGGACUAGACUACAAGAUGAUGGGGAGGUUUUUUUCAGGAUUAGCCCAAUGUGGAGCUUGGUGUUGUUUUGAUGAGUUCAACCGGAUUGAUAUCGAAGUAUUGUCAGUAAUAGCUCAGCAACUGAUUACAAUACGAAAUGCAAAAGCAUCUAAAUUGAGAAGAUUCAUGUUUGAAGGCCGCGAAAUUAAACUAGACCAUUCUUGUGCUGUUUUCAUUACUAUGAAUCCAGGGUAUGCCGGACGUACUGAGCUACCUGAUAAUCUGAAAGCAUUAUUUAGGCCGAUAAGCAUGAUGGUACCAGACUAUGCUCUCAUUUCCGAAGUUAUUCUAUAUUCAGAAGGAUUUGAAGAACCAAAAAUUCUAGCUCACAAGAUGGUCCAAAUGUAUAAGUUGUGCAGCGAACAACUGAGUCAACAGAACCAUUACGAUUUCGGCAUGCGUGCCGUAAAAAGUGUCCUGGUCAUGGCAGGAUCUCUGAAACGAUCGGCACCAAACCAACGUGAAGAUAUCACCCUUAUUGCAGCCCUACGAGAUGCUAAUUUACCAAAAUUUUUGGCGGAUGAUGCGAUCCUUUUCAAGGGAAUUCUAAGUGACUUGUUCCCUGGAGUAGAGCUACCAGUGUCGGAGCGCGGGGAUUUGGAGAAAACAAUAACUGAAUGCAUAGUUGAACGGAAUAUGCAAGCGAUUUGGCCAAUGAUAAAUAAAUGCAUACAAUUGUAUGAGACAAUGGUGGUGCGUUGGGGAGUGAUGCUAGUUGGUCCCACAGGGGGUGGGAAGACUUCUGUACUGAAUGUCUUGGCAUGUGCAUUAACAAAACUGUUUGAAGAAGGUGUUCAAGGACCUCAAUAUCGGCCAGUAAAUAUACAAACAUUGAACCCCAAAUCAGUGACUUUGGAUGAGCUAUACGGUGCAGUGAACACAAUGACCUUAGAAUGGAAAGAUGGGUUGUUAGGGCUGGCCGUCAGAUAUGCAGGUCAUAUUGAAGAUGAAAUUCACCAAUGGAUAGUCUGUGACGGUCCAGUCGACGCUGUCUGGAUAGAAAACAUGAACACUGUCCUUGAUGACAACAAGAUGUUAUGCCUCGCCAAUUCAGAGAGAAUCAAAUUAACUCCUUGGGUACAUAUGGUUUUCGAGGUCCAGGACCUAGCACAAGCCUCACCAGCUACAGUUUCUCGAUGCGGAAUGGUUUACAUAGACCCUAACGAGCUAGGAUGGGAACCAUUGGUACUAUCUUGGCGUGACACCAUUAAGGAGAAGACAUUAAAACCUGACCACGUUGAAUUUGUCAUUAUACUCUUCAAGAAAUACUUCGGAAACUGCUUAAAUUACAGCAUUAAAACUGGUGUCUAUGCAAUUCACCAAGUUGUAACGAGUAAGGUGUCCAUGUGCUGCGAACUAUUGACUGCCCUCUUUGAUAGUAUCCCAAAUCUGAACUUCAUGGAUGAAACGAACGCAAAAAGGUGUAUUUGUAAACUCUAUGUCUGGGCUUCAUUGUGGUCCAUUGGCGGAAAUUUUGAUGAUGAUUCCAGAUAUAAGUUGGAAAAUAAAUUCAAAGAAUUGUUGGCAGGAGAGAAGCUUCUCGAGUUUCCUACCGGAAAUAUUUGGGACUUUAGGGUGAAUAUUACGUCACUAGACUGGGAGCACUGGAACACCGUUGUCGAACCAUUUAACUACAAUAUCAAUGACCGGUUCUUUGAUAUGCUAGUCCCAACAACCGAUACAACGAAGUUCGGGUAUAUUUCAGAGCUGCUCUUUCUUCGCAAAAGACCAGUGAUGUUUACUGGAGAUACUGGUGUCGGGAAGUCGGUCCUGGCGGAAUCUACCCUCAAGAAGUUGGGUGGAUUCCAAAUUGUGUCUCAUUUGAUACAUUUCUCGGCCCAAACCAGUAGUGCACGGACUCAGGAAAUGAUUGAAGCUCGAUUGGAAAAGAAAAGGAAAGGCCAAUUGGGUGCACCAGUUGGGAAAACACUGAUAAUGUUUAUAGACGAUGUUAAUAUGCCAAAGCUAGACACAUAUGGAAGUCAACCACCAAUUGAGCUGUUAAGACAAUUUUUGGACUUCAAAGGGUUCUACGAACGUGAAAAAAUGACGUGGGUAGGAAUAGUAGAUGUAAUCCUCGGAGCAGCAUGUGCACCCCCAGGAGGAGGAAGGAACCCCUUAACACCAAGAUUUGUAAGACAUUUCGCACUCCUGUCGCUUUCACCGCCAGCCGAUGAAACAUUGACGACGAUCUUCCGUUCGAUUUUGGAUGGCUUUUUUAGUGAAUUCAACCGUUCAAUUCAAGCUCUUGCUACCCCGAUCGUAAAAUCAUGUGUAGAAGUCUAUGGAAGAAUUGCUCAUGAACUGCUUCCCACUCCUGAUAAAUCCCACUACGUCUUCAAUCUUCGAGAUCUGUCCAAAUGCAUCCAAGGAAUUCUCCAAUCUGAUUCAUCAAAUUACACUACAGAAAGGCAAAUGCUUCGUCUCUACUACCACGAAUCCAUGCGAGUCUUCCAUGAUCGCCUUAUCAAUGAUCAUGACAAGAACUAUUUCAAGCAACUAAUAUCUGAAACUUGUGUCAAAAAUUUCGGUGAUCCUGUGGUUCAACCAGACGAGGUUUUACUUUUCGGAGAUUUCAUGAUUUUCGGACAGGCAUAUGCAGAGAGGAUUUACGAGGAAAUAAAAGAUCUUGGGAAGCUGCAAAGUAUAUUAGUGGACUAUCUGGAGGAUUAUGCAACAUUGACUGGACAGGAGAUGAAACUGAUCCUGUUUCAAGAUGCUAUGGAACACAUUGUGAGGUUAGCAAGAUUGCUGAGGAGUGAUAGAGGCAAUGGGUUGUUAGUCGGAGUAUCUGGUAAUGGUAAACAAUCACUGACGAAACUAUCAUCCCAUAUAAAUGGAUAUCGAUGUAAUCAAAUCGAGUUAACUCGAGGGUAUGAUUCGUCCAACUUUCAUGAUGACCUGAGAGUGUUCUGCCGUCAAGCAGGAGUGAACCACAAACCAAACGUAUUCCUAAUAGUCGACACUCAAAUAGUCAAAGAAGAAUUCCUGGAGGAUAUCAACAACAUUCUGAAUUCAGGUGAAGUUCCAAAUCUUUUUGAAGCUGAUGAUUAUGAAAAGGUGAUACUUGACACCAGAGAAGCAUGCAAUGAAGCGAAGAAGAAAGAUUGCACACGUGAAGAAAUCUUCGAAUUCUUCAAUGAGAGAGUUCGGAACCUUCUACAUUUAGUCAUUUGUAUGAGUCCCAUUGGUGAGGCCUUCAGACGACGAUGCAGAAUGUUCCCAUCCCUUGUGAAUUGUUGUACGAUUGACUGGUUUGAGAGUUGGCCUCCAGAAGCUCUUUACUCGGUAGCAUUGGGAUUAUUUGAGGGUGUGAUCGAGGAUCAAAAAGAACGGGAGAGUUUGGCCAAAACGAGUGUGUAUAUUCAUAAGACCGUGGAGGAGGCUGCCUUGACAUACUAUGCUGAAAUGCGCCGACGUUACUAUACUACGCCAAGCAGUUACCUAGAACUCCUUAAAUUAUAUAAAAGUUUGCUCAAGAAAAGAACUGACAUUAUCAUAGCAAAACGAGAAAGACUGGCAAAUGGUUUGAAUAAAAUUCUAGAGACAAAUGAUGUCGUAGCUGUUAUGCAAAAAGACUUGGAGACGAUGGUACCUCAAUUGGAUUUGGAAGCUCAAGCAAUGAAGGAUCUUCUAGCAAAGUUAGAAGUUGACACCAAAAAUGCCGACGUGGUGAAGGAGGCAGUAUCUAAGGACGAAACCAUUGCAAAAGAUAAAGCCGCCGUAAGCCGAGCGAUAGCUGAUGAUGCUGCCAAAGAUUUGGAGAUUGCUAUGCCUGCCUUGAAGGAGGCUGAAACUGCCCUUAGCUCAUUAAAUAAAACGGACAUCAAUGAACUUAGGGCGUUUGCUAAUCCACCAGAGUUGGUGCAGUUUGUGAUGGAAUCUGUGUGCAUUUUAUUGGGAGUUAAACCCAACUGGGCAAGCGCUAAAUCCUUGAUGGCUGAUGUUAACUUCUUGAAGCGUCUCUUUACAUAUGAUAAGGAGCAUAUUCCAGAAGCGACUAUAAAGAAGCUGAAAAAAUAUAUAGAACACAAGGACUUUAUUCCAGCGAAAAUCGAAAAAGUCUCCAAAGUGGCAAAAUCUGUUUGUCUUUGGGUAAUAGCUAUCGACAAAUUUUCUAAGGUAUACAAGGUUGUCGAACCCAAAAUCAAAAAACAUAAAGCUGCCGAAGAUGAAUUAUCAGAGGUCAUGGCAGUUCUGAGGACAAAGCAACAACAACUGGCCGAAGUGGAAGCGAAAAUUCAAGCACUUAAAGACAAUAUCGAAGAGAAAAAUCGACAAUUUCAAAAGAUUCAGGAUAAUGUGAAUCUCACAGCAGCUCGAAUCAAUAGAGCAGGCAGGCUAACAUCUGCUCUAUCUGAUGAGGAAGUCCGAUGGGGUGAUACAAUUAAGAAAUUAUCUGCUGAACUCUGGUCUGUUCCGGGGGAUGUACUUAUUGCUUCAGCUUGUGUUGCUUAUUUGGGAGCCUUCUCCAUCAGCUAUAGGAGAUCACUCACCCUCCAAUGGGUCGCAGAAUGCCAGAAACAUAAAAUUCCCAGCAGUUCUGAAUUCAAUUUGAUAAAUAUUCUCGGUGAUCCUUAUGAAAUGAGAAGCUGGAACAUGCAAGGUUUGCCAAAAGAUGAUAUUUCUGUUGAGAACGGGCUAUACGUUACGAGAGCUUUGCGAUGGCCGUUGAUGAUCGAUCCUCAGGAGCAGGCCAACCAAUGGAUUCGUAACUUAGAAAAAGGCAACAACCUCCGUAUCCUGAAAAUGAAUGAUCCUCAUCUAUCUCGAAUAUUGGAAAUAUGUGUCCGCCAAGGCUACCCCCUGUUGAUUGAAGACAUUGGCGAAGAAAUCGAUCCCACACUAAAUCCUAUCCUGCAACGUUUAACAUUCAUCCAUGAAGGACGACCCCUUAUCAAGCUAGGCGACACCGCAAUUGAUUACGACCAAAAUUUCAAACUUUACAUGACCACAAAACUGCCUAAUCCACACUAUUUGCCUGAAGUCUGCAUAACAGUUACAUUGGUAAACUUCCUUGUUACUGUGGAAGGACUUGAGGAUCAACUACUGGCGAAUGUAGUGGAGAUCGAAUUGCCAGAAUUGGAAAAGCAACGCAGUGACCUCGUUGUGAAGAUAAAUAAAGAUCGUCAAAUGCUACUGAGUUUAGAGGACAGAGUCCUGCAAAUGCUUUUCAGUUCAAAGGGAAAUAUCCUGGAUGAUGAGGAAUUGGUUGAAGCUCUAAAUGAAUCCAAAGAAACAUCGUUAAUAAUCGCAGCUCGACUGGUUGAUACUGAACAGACCGAACAAGUAAUAACGGCCAAAAGAGAAAAAUACAGACCUCUUGCCGCUCGUGGGGCUGUUAUAUAUUUUGUUGUCGCGUCUUUGGCAGAAAUCGAUCCCAUGUAUCAGUACAGUUUGAAGUACUUCACACAAAUCUUCUCCUCAGUGAUAAGCGUCCCACAUGCAAAGAUGCCCACUGACGAGCGUAUCAAAACCCUUAAAAUGGACGAGUUAAAGGCAAUAUUUGAGAACGUAUCCAGAGGGUUGUUUGAAAAACAUAAACUGGUAUUCAGCUUUUUGUUAGCCACGACGGUGGAGAAGCAGGAAGGUAUUGUUACCGAUGCUGAAUUCGACUUCCUCAUUCGAGGGCCAAUUGGUUCAGGGGUUGAUCAUAAUCGACCAGAGGAAUUCAGAUUCCUGUCUGAUAGUGAAUGGACGAAUUGUGCAUUUUUGGAAUUCAAGUUCAAAUCAUUCAGUGGGAUCAAGGCUGAUAUUAGGAACAAAAUUGCUCUCCAGGUUGGAGACCAUAAAGAAAGUCUUUCGUUUUUCCGAAGGGCCGUGCCCAGCAAUAUUCCAUGGAAUGAUCGGCUUACUAACUUCCAUAAACUGAUGCUAAUCAAAGCCUUUAAAAAAGACAAACUUGUGCCUGCUAUUGGGUCUUACAUACGACAAACGCUGGAUAGGACUUUCACAGAAACAUCCAGCGGCAGUAGUUUGAAUACAGUAUAUUUUGAUACAUCAAAUAUUACGCCUCUUAUAUUCAUCCUAUCAACCGGUUCUGACCCCAUGGCUGCAUUCCUUAAAUUCACAGAGGAGAUGAAAUUCAUGGAUAAAUUCUAUUCCAUCUCAUUAGGUCAAGGACAGGGUCCAGCAGCCGAGAGCCUCGUAGAGAAAGGUCGAGCUCUAGGUCAUUGGGUCUUCCUUCAGAAUUGUCAUUUAGCCACCUCCUGGAUGGGCCGUUUAGAAAACAUCGUUCGUGACUUAGCCCUCGGCAUCACAACUGCUAAUCCCGAUUUCAGGCUUUAUUUGUCUUCAAUGCCAACAGCAUCUUUCCCAAUAAGUGUUCUGCAGAACUCGGUGAAAGUAACAAACGAACCACCGAAAGGACUUAAGGCAAACGUUACUCGAGCACUCGCAGAUAUGGAUACAGACUUCUUUGAACAGCACGUCCUAAACAAUCAAUGGCGAGCUUUGGUGUUCGGUUUGUGCAUGUUCCAUGCCGUGGUCCUUGAACGCAGGAAAUUCGGUCCACUUGGCUGGAACAUCCUUUAUGAGUUUAAUGAGAGUGACCGCGAUUGCGGUCUGAAAACUUUGGACAUGUUCAUUAACAGAGAAAAAGUAGGUAAAAUACCAUGGGAAGCCAUACUUUAUAUCAACGGAGAGAUUACAUGGGGUGGACGUGUAACUGACUGCUGGGAUCAACGGUGCCUUAAAACAAUUCUGAAGAUAUUCUCAUCAUCAGUAAUUCUACAGGACGGAUACACAUAUGGUGAAAGCAACAAAUACCGUGAUCCUCGCAAGAAGACUUUGGCUGACUAUAAGGAGUUCACAUCCAACUUACCGUUUGAUGAUGAUCCUGAAAUAUUCGGCAUGCAUGAAAACGCGAACAUUGUAUUCCAAACAAACGAAACGGAGUUUUUCAUUAUGACAAUUUUGGAAGGUCAACCAAGGGCUAGUACGGGUGCAGGCCAGUCUAAAGAUGAUGAGACCUGUUUGGUCGUUAUUAAGGAUGUUUCAAAGGCCUUAGCAAGAAGUAUUAUUAAAGAUGAUCCGUUCCCGAGUCUAGUUAAACUUGAUGAUAAAGGACGAAUGCCAUCCUUGACAACAGUACUCAUGCAAGAAAUCGAUCGAUACAACAUUCUUCUGAAUAUUAUUCAUAGUGACUUGGCCAACUUAGAAAAGGCUAUAAAAGGCCUCGUUGUAAUGUCGGAGGAACUGGAAAACAUUUUCAAAGCCCUCAUAUCGAAUUUGGUACCAGCAAAAUGGUCAAGUAAAGGUUUCUUAUCUAUAAAGUUCCUUUCAAACUGGGUGUUCGAUUUCCAGCGACGUAUUGACUAUAUUCAGACGUGGCAGAGGUCAGGACUCCCACGAUCAUCCUGGCUUAGUGGAGUGUACUUCCCACAAUCGUUCCUCACAGGAAUUCUGCAAACCCAUGCUCGAAAACACAACUUGCCAAUCGAUUCCUUGAAAAUAGACUUCCAAGUGCUUCCUGUUACCCUGAUUCAACAAAAUAUUUAUGAGAAACAUAUGAAACAUGAGGAAGAGAAUAAAACCAUGUACGGCGGGCUCGACUAUCAACCCGACGGCAUAAAUGUUCACGGUCUCUUCAUUGAAGCAGGACGAUGGGAUCAUCAAAACGGAGGACUAGUGGAUGCGCGUGUUGGAGAACUUUAUUCACGUUUGCCCGUCGUCUGGUUCAAGCCCUGCUUACAUGUUGACGUCAGAGAUCGAUAUGAAGCUCCACUUUACAAAACACAAUCUCGUGCUGGGGUGCUAUCCACCACAGGACACUCUACCAACUUUGUCCUUCCGAUUUUGCUGGAGAGUAAACAAAAGCCAGAUUUCUGGAUACUGAGAGGCACAGCGCUGGUCACUGCCGUGAGCGAAAAUGUUUCUUAGGACUAAUUUACCUGAUGGUUAUAGGUUUAUUUAUUUAUGAUUUUGUAUUUUAUC